AUGAUAAAUUCUAAGCUUGUUCCAUCAACUAAAUUAUAUUUGGGUAAUUUAACAGCAAAAAUUACUCCCCAACUUUUGUUAGAAUUUUAUUCUAAGUUUGGUAAACUAUUAGAAUGUGUUAAAAUUCGUGAUAAUUACGGAUUUAUUCGGUUUGAAACGAUGGAACAAGCUAUAUAUGCACUGGAGAAAACAAACGGUUAUCUAUUCAAUGGUCAAAUAUUAAAAGUUGAAUAUGCAAAAAAUAGUGGAAACUCCCAUUUGAAACAUCGAUCGAUUCCAAUAUCCUACCCGAUACAACAUGUACGAAAACAUUCGUCCUCCUCAUCGUCUUCGUCUUCAUCAAACAUGUCAUCACCCAUAUUUGAACACCAAAACGAUAGAAAAAGACGACCAUCUUCCGACAGCCUUCUAUUACAACAGCAACAAAUAAGAGAAGAUAAUGCGUUCGUUGGUAGACCUCAAAAUGGUCGCUAUUCACCACAAUCUCCAACCCAACGAACAAAUAAUCAUUCACUUUCUUAUCCUAAUCAACGACAAAUAUCUAAUUUUAAUCCUGCUCUAUUACACAAUCGUGUUCGAACACCAACGUUUCAUAAUAAAAAUCAUCCAUUAUCAGUAUUUCAGCCUUUAUCAUAUUCGCAAGAAUCAUUAGUGACGCCACCAGGUUUCAAUCAUAUUUCAAAAACAACAAAAUUUGUCUUUGGUGAAGAACAAACGUCAUUAAAUCAUCGUGUAUCUCAACAAAUUCCAAUAUCACGGACACCGUCAUCCUUAUCAACGUUGAGUACAGAUAGUCAUGAACAACAAAUCCAAAAUGAUUUAAGAAAUUCAAAUGAAAUGGGUAACUGUUAUUCUAAUGUACAAAAAUCUUCUAUUCACAAUAUAUCAUUGACACACGAAAGUUCAGUUCAACAUUAUGAACAAUUUGAUUGGAUACAUGCUGUUGAACAUAAAAAAUUAUGUUCUCAUCCUGUCGAAAGUGAUCAUUAUGAUCCAGCAAUUGUUGAUGCUGUUAAAAAUCAACAAACUGAAGAAAAAAUAAGAAAUGAUAAUCAGAUAUUGGAUAUAUCUCAAAAUAGUUCAUUACAAUUAUCAUGGAAUACAUCACAGGAUUUUAAUCCAAAAGUGAUCCAAUCUCAAACCUGGUCAGCUACUCCAUUUUUUCCAUUUAAAUGUUCAACAUCGUCAUUAUUUGUCUGGGAUUAUGUAAUAUUUCCCGAAGCCGCUCUUCAUCCUGGUUUAUAUGAUGAUUAUAAUACAAAUUGGCUAAAAAAUAAUUUAUGGAUCAAAAUGGAGCAAGCAUUUGCUUAA